AUGACAGCAUUUUCUCAGACCAAAACACACCCAAUAAAUCCAUUUAGCGAGAGAGGUAGAGCGACAAAGCUCAGCGUGGAUGUGAAAGGGGAGAAGCUUGUAUAUGGCAAUGGGCGAUCAGUUGUGAUUAGAGACUUAGGAAAUCCAUCCGAUUCAUUCAUCUACCAAGGCCACAUCCACCCAAUUACAGUUGCGCGUAUUUCACCCUCUGGUUUCUACUGCGCAUCCGCCGACACUUCUGGCACUGUCCGCGUCUGGGAUUUGGUUGGUGAGGAUCACGUCCUCAAGACUGAAAUACGCGCUACAACUGGCCCCAUUGCUGAUCUCGAUUGGGAUGGAGAAUCACAGCGAAUCAUCGCUGUUGGCUCAGGCCGUGAGAGUACUGGACGUGCUUUCUUGAUGGACAGCGGUUCGAGCUGUGGUGAAAUAUCUGGCCAUUCUAAACCCGCUAAUGCAGUAACGAUGCGCUCUAAACGCCCCUUCCGCGCUCUCACUGCUUCUGAUGACACAACGCUAGUAUUUUACACAGGCACGCCAUAUAAACUAAACAAAACGCUCAAAUCUCACUCCAAAUUCGUUCAGGAUGUCCGCUUUUCUCCUGAUGAUAAGGUCUGCGUCAGCGUGGGGUCUGAUGGUGCCUUUGUCGUGUAUGACGGUAACACAGGCGACGUAAUCCACGAAGCGCGCUCUGCACAUGCUGGAUCAGUCUAUGGUAUAGCAUGGGAGAGCAGCUCGAACAGAUUCGCUACAGCCUCCGCUGACAGAACGGUCAAGGUGUGGUGUGCACAUACCUUCAAGCAGCUCUUGUCAUACGAGGUCGGCAAAGAUAUUGGCAGUCAGCAAGUGGGGAUAGUGUGGCCGUCAAAUGCUGAUGGUAAGGGUAACAACGUCAUUUCAAUCGGUGUGGAUGGCACUCUGAAUGUGAUUGAUGUGGAUCAAGAAAAGCAAGAAAAAGACGAUAAUCACACUAGUCAUACUCAUAUUCACGGCCCUACCCGUGCCAUCACUGCUUUUGCCCAGUCUGCAGAUAAGAACCUUCUCACCGGCUCAUUCGACGGCAACUUGCGCUCAUUCAAGGGAGAUACCGGCGAGUGUGCCGCCGUUCGUGGUAGCACUGGCAAAUGUGUAACAAAGCUGUGUACUAGAGGAAUUGUGCAAGAUCCCGCUGUUGACGUUGGUGCACUUAUGAUCGGGUUCGAUGACAACCUGCGCGCAAUCAACACCAAUUUCACCCAUACAACACCCCUCAAUGUCCCUCUCACCGCUUUCGCCAAGGGUCUCACAGCGAAUGGUACGCAUGCGCUGGUGACGUGUGUUAAUGGAGCGAUUGACGUUAUAGCGUAUGCGCAGGCUUUGCAUUCGCCUGCGCAGGAGAACGUCAAGAAAACAACAAACAUCAAUUACGUACCUUCCGCUAUAGCACUUGAUGGCGAUCUUGUCGCUAUAGGUGAUGAAACUGGCAGAGUGCAUCUGGUUCAAUUCGAUAAACACACAGGCAAGCUAGGUGAUGAAGUGAGAGUGGUAGAAAGAGGCAGGACGGAAAUAACCACAAUUUCGUUCUCCCCUGACGGAAAAUUGAUCGCUGUUGGAGAGAACAGCGGAAAAAUUGUCGUUUAUACGCGUGAUGGCGAAUUGUGCACUAGUGCAUGGGCUUUCCAUACGGCACGUGUCACCGGUGUGGAGUGGACAAGCGAUUCAAAGGUCGCGAUGAGUACUUCACUCGAUACCAACGUAUACCUCUACUCAGUGCACAAGCCAUCACGUAAUCUUUCACUCAAAAACGUCGCCGCCGGUGGCGUCGUUGGUGGUGUGUGGACUGUCGACGCUCAGUCUAUCGCUGUCGCAGGCUCUGAUGGCAAUAUACGCACCUUCAAUGUCGAUUUGAGCAUUUUGAGUGAUUGA